AUGCAUUAUGGUAAGGAUUUUCUGUUGAAGAAUGCUUACUUGCUGCUGUGCCGCAUCUGUUCAGCCAUACAUGUUUCAACUCCGAUGCUAGCCACUAUUGAAAGAAGUCUGGGACGAAAAUACUCUGAUUUUUUCGGACAAGAUCCAUCCAUUAUCAGACUAUUUCUUUGCAAGAUUCAGAAAGGAUUCGCACUUUCGGUUUCGUUGUUGGUGCUAGCGAUCAACUUUUACUUCCUUUAUGCUUGGGUUGACGAACAUUUGGGCCUUACUCUCCUUUCAGUAUCACUUACAUUAUUACUAGCUCUAGCAUACAUCACUUUCAUACUUUUCCUGGUGAGUAACUGUUUUACAAAGUUGUUGUGCAAUCAGAUGCCAUCGUAUUCUUAG